AUGGUUUCUUCAUUUGCUUCUGAAAGUGGACAGUCAAGGACAAAUGCUCCUAGACUAUGUUAUUGUGGAGAGAGAUCCCCUGUGAAGACUUCAAUGACAUCUAGAAAUAUGGGUAGAAGGUUUUAUGGUUGUGCAACUUAUGGGGUUGAUGCAACUUGUGGCUACUUCGAAUGGGUUGAUCCACCCAUGUGCCAAUGUGGGAGGGAGGUGUUGCCAAAGAUGGUUGCAAAGAUGAAUAGGUUGGAGAAGGAACUAGCAAGAAGUUGUAGAAGGAAGAAAAUGUUUUGCAAAGCUCUGUUUGGGAUAUGGGUUUUUUUCUUUAUCAUGACAAUGUUCUGGGUGAAGUUUGGUGGAGUGAAGAAAAAUGGUUUGUUAUUAGGCCAUAGAGUUUGA